AAGAAAAAAUAAAUUAAUCGGAAAUAAUUGCCGAUAUUCUAUAAUGUCUAAAAGUGCCACUGAGCAAUUUCAAAUAAAAAAGAAAAGAAAACAUCCAUUAAACGGUACAUCCGUUGUUAUUUCAAGCACUGCAUCGCCAGUUAAUCAAGAUAUUGAAAUCACUAAUAAUAAUAACAAUAGACUAUUACCUAUCUUCACACGUUACGUCAACGGUAUCACAUCGGACGCCAUCAUCAAAGAGAAUUUCCCAGAAUUCCAAAUUGAUGAUAAGUUCUUGAAUCAUUCGUCGUUAUAUUUCAAACCGAUUACAGCUGCCGACGAAACUGCGGAUAUCUAUUUAGAUUCUGACUGCAUAGCUGCAGUGGCGGCGUCAGACAAAGCGCACGCUGUUGCCACACCUCCUCAGAACAAUCUCAAUAACAACAACAACAGCAGCAGCAUUCGAGCAGCACCAACAGCAGCUGUAUCGUUGUCCACAAACUGUUUACGUGACAGCGUGCAGGCACAAUCAUUGCUACGAGGAAAAUCUUUCAGAUCCAAUACAGCCAACAACACAAUGCCACUGCAACACGGUUUCUAUGCCAAAGGAGCUUCGGCUAGCAAAAGAGCCUUGAAAUCAGCGAAAGUGCAAUCAAAUUCUCCAUCAGGCCUGAACAAACAGCCAACAACGGGGGACGCUGCUAAGCGACCACGACAUUCUCUAGGCUAUAACUCAGCCAUUGAGGACAAUCUCAAGAUACGUUCCCAAUCUCUAAUGGCAGGACCAAAUGGUGACAAGUUGCAGUUCUCAUAUCUUGUGGGAGAGUCCUUGGCCCGUCAUGGUCGCUUGCAGGAGGCUUUCGACAUUUAUGCCCUUAUUGCCAGUGAACAGCCCAAGGGGUUUAUACCCCUGGAAAAACUCAAUAUAUUGGCUACAGCCUUAUUGGAGUACAUACGAAUGCUAAGCAGCAGUUCGAAAAAGCCCGUUGAAAACACAGAGAAAAUGACAAAACCUCUUGACGAUAUGCAACAAUUGACCAAUAUAUCCACUACAACCUCUUCGGCUUCCGGUUCAUCAAACCUAGCCACACAAUGGCAGCUGAUGGCUGGUGCAUUUAACCCACAUCUGGCACACUCCAAUUCGAUAUCGGAUACCCCAACAUUAAUUCCUAACGGCAAUUUAGAUUUACACAAUCCUUCGCGAGAGCUAGCACGCAAUAAAACCCCUACUCUACUAGACGAUUUAGAUCCCCUACUGUGUCCACUGUGCCGCGAUAUCUUACGUUGUCCGGUUACCGCGAAUUGUGGCCACACUUUUUGUCGUCAGUGUUGUGAUACAAUCACGAUGUGUAAUAUUUGCCAUAUUAAAUUCCCGCGUUUACAUAAAGAAGAGCCCAUAACGGAGACAUUGAAUUUGGUCAGCCUAUCGACAGCUACCAGUACAACAACCAGCAGUAGUAGUCGAACAAUGAGCAGCAGUUUAACUCCGAGUGUACAAAAUUUCUCCGGUUCUCAGGCGCAAUCGAAUGUCUCAUUUAGUGCAACAGGUGGGGUGUCGUAUAGUUCUGAAAGUCCAUUUGGUUCCAUGAGCACCGAUGAUAUGCCACGAUUACGUAUGGUCACGUCUCCAAUGCCGCCCACAUUGGCAGGAUCGCCAACAACGGUGACCACCACCACGGUGGCAUGCACUACCGAUACGGCUACAACCACAAUGGCUGCAACAUCUUCGUCAACGCUAAGUACAGGAUCGCGUGGCGGUUCCAGUUCCAGUGAUAGCAUGAAAUUUAUGCCCGAUGUUUUGGUGCGACGUUUAGUUGAGAAAUGGUGGGGUCCCGAUUUGCAAGCAAGAAAAAUUCUUGAGACAGCAACAAGUUAUAUGCAUUUAAAUCUGCUCGACGAUGCAUUGAAAUUUUGUAACGUCAGUUUAGAAAAAGCGCCUUCGAAUUUUAAGAGCCUUCUGUUACGUGCCGAGGUGUUAAGAAAAAUGAAUCAUUACCAGAGCUCAUUGGCCGAUGUGGAUAAUGCUUUGAAAUCCCGUUAUACAUCUGCUAAGGCUCACUAUUUACGUUCCUUGGCUUUGAGCGAUUUGGGUCGCUAUGAAGAAGCUCUUUAUGAAAUAUGUUUAGCCAUUAACUUGGAUAAAUCUUCAAAUCUCAGCAGUACUGAAUUAUUUCAGCAUGAUCUCACGAAGAUUCUCCAAAAACUUCUCUCUCAAACACCGAAAUGCAUUAAAAUGGAUCUGGUUAAUCUGUCUACGCUACGUUCCAAGUGCCCCUAUGAUUUGCCAGCCAGGGAAUAUCGCAUCAAACGGAGAAACAUUAACGCACAAGAUGAGGAUACACUGCAAGCGGCGUAUGAAGAUGACGACUUCCUAUCGGCCAAUUAUGGCAAAGAAUGUGAUAUACUAAUGACCGAUGAUGAGGUUCUAUUGUGUCGGGAUUUUCUCAAUUGUGCCGAUAAACGUAACACCUAUGCGAGCAUAGCACGCAAAUAUGAAAUGGAAUUGAAGAGGCAGACAUCACGUAAACAUGUUCGUCGGAAAUGGGCACCCAAAGAGACUGAGUUGUUGCCAAUAGUUGAUGUGGAGAGUGCACGCUGCAGUGGUCAGUUUCGUAAUGUUUUGGAACGUUUGCAACAAGAGUUUGUCAGACUGAAAAAAAUAGAAUCCUCGCCAGAAUAUGCCAUGAAACAACUGAUAUCCGUUGCACCCACGCUCAUUGAUGCCAGUGAUUUUGAUUGCGUCCUUUGCUGUCGCACAUUUUGGAAACCUGUGGUAACGCCCUGUGGCCACACCUAUUGUCUGGUGUGUUUGGAUCGCUGCAUGGAUUAUACCUCAUCCUGCCCGCUGUGUAUGGCACCGUUGGUAGAGCCCAGUGUAAAUAUGGUACAGGGUGCCUCAUCUCCUGUGCCGUUGAUCUUAACCAAAAGACCGGUUACCAAAUUCCUUGAGGCCGCCAUGAAACGUUUCAUUCCAGAUAGUUAUCAAAAACGUUUCCGUCAGGAAAUGGUAAUGGAGCCAUCGGUUCCAAUAUUCAUUUGUACAACAGCAUUCCCUUAUGUACCGUGUCCGUUGUUUGUGUAUGAGCCACGUUAUCGUCUGAUGGUACGCCGUGCCAUUGAUUCGGGUGACAAACAAUUCGGUAUUGUUCAACCGCACAGCGGCAAGGCCCGCUAUCAUGAUUACGGUUGUAUGUUGGAUAUACGAGAUUGCCUUCUGUUGGGCGAUGGUUGUUCCAUCUUGAGCACAAUGGGUUGUAAACGUUUUAAGAUUUUGGCCCGUAAUGAAAAAGAUGGCUAUGAAACAGCUAAGGUUGAGUACAUACACGAUGAGGCCAUACCCGAUGAACAUUUGGGUUAUGUAACCAGUAUGCACAGUAUUGUCUUGGGCAAAGCCAUAGCAUGGUAUGAAAGUCUGGGGCAAGAUUUGAAGCAUGAAAUACUUCAGAGUUAUGGUGAAAUGCCAAUGGUGGAAGAGAAUUGGUCGAGCCGAGAAGAUGGUCCAGCAUGGGCAUGGUGGAUAAUUGCAUUGCUGCCGUUGAGACCGCAACUGAAGGUUGACAUUUUGGCCACAACGUCGCUGGAGAAACGUUUGCGUGCCAUUGAAAAGACAAUAAAUUCAAUGCCUGGCAAUUAUCACUAUCAGCGUGUAUCACAGAAUUGUAAUGUAGCCGUUGUUGUUCACAGCGGUCAACAACAUCACAGCAAUCUAAAUAGUCCUCAUCGCGAUAAUGAUGACGAUCUAGAAAACGAUGAUGAGGAGGAUAUUGAUAUGGAUAAUGAACAUGUGAUCAUGGGCGAUGACGAUGUCAAUGAAGAUAAUCGACAUGAAGAGGAUGUAGAUGUUGAGCCCGAAGAAACAACACUGCAACAUCACAUACAAAAUAUUGAUGAUAAUGAUGAAAAUAUCAAUAGUAAUGAUUUGAUGAAUAAUGAUCAUCAAAAUGAGCAGCAGGAUCAUUCUCAACGGCAUCAUCGUCAAAGACAUCACCAUCAUCAUCACCACCAUCAUCAUCAUCAGCUGCAUCAAAAUUCAUUGCAGCUGCCGGAGCAUUUUGAAAAUGUCGACAAUGUCGAUGAAUGCUGUCAACGCACAACAACAACAACAAGUCUGGUACAACAUGUCUUAAGUAGUAAUGAUCAAUCGCAGGAUCACCACCACCAUCAUCAUCAUCACACAACAGGAAAUACGGAGCAUCAUCAUCACACAUACGAGAAUCAUCGACGUCAUGCAGCUCAUUCUUUAUUAUUAUAA